UCUAUCCCCUCAAACUAAAUUCAAUUACCUUCUCAACAUUUCUGCUGAAUUACAAAUAUUCUAAUCUUUCUUCUAUUCUCCUUUAAGUUUUGAACUGCCUUUAAGCUUUAGAAGUUUAAAAACCAACCAUGGGAAGUGAAAUUGUUGAGUUCUUACCUUGCAAAGAUGAUUUCUCAUAUUUUCCAAUUAUUGAUGGUACUUGGUUUGAAGAAGAAAUUGAUGAUGAUCUCAAAUGGUCUUUUGCUUUAAAGAGUGUGCUGCACAAAGGAAAAAGCGAGCACCAAGAAAUUGCACUCUUGGACACCAAGCAUUUUGGGAAGGUAUUGAUUAUAGAUGGGAAAAUGCAGAGUGCUGAAGUGGAUGAAUUCAUAUAUCAUGAAUGCUUAAUUCAUCCACCUCUCUUAUGUCACCCUAACCCCAAAAGUGUGUUCAUAAUGGGGGGUGGUGAAGGGUCUGCUGCAAGGGAAGCUCUCAGACACAAAUCUGUCGAGAAAGUGGUCAUGUGUGACAUUGAUCAGGAGGUUGUCGAUUUCUGCCGAAAGCAUCUGAUAGCAAACCAUGAGGCUUUUCGUAACAAAAACCUUAAUUUAGUAAUUAACGAUGCAAAAGCUGAACUGGAGCAAAGGGAAGAAAAAUUUGAUAUGAUAGUUGGGGAUUUAGCUGAUCCAGUAGAAGGAGGACCUUGCUACCAACUCUAUACAAAAUCUUUCUAUGAAAAUAUACUCAAGCCUAAGCUCAAUCACAAUGGUGUCUUUGUUACUCAGGCUGGACCAGCAGGGAUUUUCACUCACAAGGAGGUAUUUUCAUCCAUUUACAACACAAUAAAGCAAGUGUUCAAAUAUGUGCAAGCAUAUACAGCUCAUGUACCUUCUUUUGCUGAUACAUGGGGAUGGAUUAUGGCUUCUGACCGGCCAUUCUGUCUUGAUGCUGGAAAAAUAGACAAGCAGAUUGCAAAAAGAAUUGAAGGAGAGCUUUUAUAUCUUAAUGGUUCUUCAUUCAUCUCCUCCACCAUCUUGAAUAAGACUGUUGCCUUAACGCUGAAGAAUGAGACUCAUGUUUACACAGUAGAAGAUGCAAGGUUCAUUCAUGGACAUGGGAUAAAUUGAGCCAAGAAAUUGCUUUUGGAUAUAUACGAAGAUGUUUGGAAACGAAUGAUCAAGAAAUAGGGGAGUUGAAACUUUGGAGGGUGAUAUUAUUGUAGCUUUUUAUUAAUUGGUCAGUUUAUAGGCUCUGCUUCUUCUAAUUGCUCUAUAAGUACUUUAUAUUUUUAUAAAAUGAAGACAGAGGUAUCAUCCAAAA